CAGUAAAAAUAUUAUCUGCGCAGUCUGUAGCGCAAAUGCUGAAAGUGUUGUUGGUCGGUCGGUUUGAGUUGGAUGUUUUUGUGUUGUUAAAAUAUGCUGCAAAUAAGAAUUAUUUGACUGGUGGUGAAAUGGUGCAAGAUGUCCUGGUUCUUCCAUGUCAAUCAAGACUCAAAACAGCAAUGCCCUGGCAUGGUGCCCUUGGCUGCAGAUAGUCUGUCUAGCAGCACACACUAUCCCCACACCAGGAGCAACACACUAGACACGACUGCUGGUCAAAGUUGGCUCUGUACACAGUCCAGUUCGCUGUCACCCAGCAUGGCAGACUUUCCGCCAGCACCCCAAUGUUUAGUGCCUCCUAGCUUGGAGAAUCUGUCUUGUACCUCUCAGAACUUAGCAGCAGGCAGAGAUCCCCUCCCUCUCUCCUAUGUGACUCUUCAGGAGCAGCGUUGUGUAUUGAGCUGGUUCCUGAGCUGGACCAGUGCCCAGCGGGAACAAUUUCUGCAGGACCUGUUGGGGAAAGCUGUGCCAGGGAAAGUGUGUACCCUCCUUGAGUCGCUCAAUACACUACAGGUGAAGGACAGCCCACCAAAUAUAUUUGAGUGCCAACUGCGCCUCUGGACUCAAUGGUUUGACUCGUGGAGUGAGGAGGAGAGGAACAGUUUUCUGCACAUUCUAGAAGAGAGGGACCCAGUAUUUGUAGCCCACUUCUACAAAUGUGUAGCUGGGACUGCAGGCAUGGACUGAGGGAUAAGGAAGAAGGGGGUACAGAAAAGAGAAACAACACACGGGUGGUAUUCUGGCAUGGGGAUAGGCCCACUGAUGUAUAGAAAUUAGUAAACGUAAUGGUGUGUAAGGAUGCACAUGUAUGGAGACAGUGAAGAACGUUGGUUUUUUGGUCUGGCCAGGGCUGACAUAGGUCUGUUGAAAUAUGUGAGCCUGUAUAGUGUUCAUACAUAUUCAGUGGUACAGGAGUAGACAUGGAUUGAAUCUGGUGAACUUUUUUUUAUUUUUUAAACAAACUGAUGUAUUAGCAUGUUGGAAUCUUUUCACUUCGGUUAUCCUCUUAGGCAGUUUAUACUAUGCCAGAAAUAAAAUGUCAUUUUAUAUAUCAGGUGCUGUAUUUUAUUUGUUGAAUGAUUAAAAAAAUGCGUUUGACAUCGUAUAAUAGUGAUACCACAGAAAAAAACUACAGUUUGAAAGAUUAUUCUUUUAUGAAAAUGAAAAGCAAUGUGAUUUUAUACUGAUAUGAAUAUCAUGUCAAAUGCUGUAUCUCUACUGUAACCAUGACACUGAGCCCACAGAAUUAAAGACAAUUGGAACAU